AACUCAUGGCGGCGUGAAGAACUUGGAAGGGUCUGGGUUUUAUAUACCCUUCGUGGUGUAUUGGCUACGUCGUUUCCACUACCAUAUAUCAGGGGUUCGAAUCCCUUCUGAAGGUGUCUUUUAUCUCCCGGAUUUCUUUUUCUUCCUGCACGGAAAGAAAAGUCGAGCAUUACCAUGUUGGACGUGAUCUCGCUUCCGUUAUACUCAUCCAGUUGCUGGGCCUUUGGCUUCUUUACGUUAUUCAAGGUCUCAAGUACAGUUUUCUGCAUGCAGCUCGAUACGUACCCCGUCUUUCCGUGGUUCGAUUCCGCCAAGGUGCUAUUUCAAGGUACAAAAACUCGUAACUUUUUCGUUUUUUUUUUGUUCGAAAUAAGAAGGGUGAAAAGUGUGAUUCUCCGGCGAAAGACGAGCAAGCAUUCCCAUGCCAGCACCAAUAGUGGAUCGGCGUGGAAAUUGGAGCCGAGAGAAGUAACUACAUCGCUCAAGCUUCAUUCUGCUCUCAGCACCACCCAAGCCAAGCAACGUUAAUUAUCACUCACAGAAAAGUUUGAUUUUGAUGUCAUGUCGACAAAAAGGUUCAGUCGACGGUGCAGGUCCCUCUUGAUGCGAGUAAUAAAAU